GGCAAUCGUGUCGUCGAAGAAAAGAGUGCCUAGUUGUGAUGUCGUUCGUUUUUCGGACACUAACGGUUUUGCUGCUGGCGGGAAUCAGCGCAGCUGCAGCUGCAGUUCCAAGCGAAGUCCCGUGUACUACACCAGUUCGAAAGCCUGGUUUCUGUGUGGACAUCCGGAGAUGCGCCAACAUCUACAGAAUAGUUACCGAUCCCAAUCCCCCACUGAUUGGGCUCGCCAACUACAUCCGGAAAGCCGCUUGUACCCUUCCGAGAGUUGAACGUAGCGUCUGUUGUGUGCCGUCCGAAAUCGACCUCAAAGCUAAAGUAGUCGCAUUACCGACGAAAUGUGGCCAGGCCGUGACCGAUCGAAUUGCGUAUGGCAAUGUGACCAAAGUGUUUGACUUUCCGUGGAUGGCUGUGCUCAAGUACAAAACCAUUGCAGGCUAUAUGACCGACGCAUGUGGAGGAACCUUGAUCCACAAGCGCUAUGUCCUAACUGCGGCUCAUUGCCUGAGAACCCCGAGCAAAAUUCAAAUACACACCGUACGACUUGGCGAACAUGACAAGAGCUCCGAAAUCGACUGUAACAUCUACAGAAACCCAAGAGGAAUGGUAAUACAAGAAGAAUGCGCCAAGAAGCCUGUAGAUUACGGAAUCGAAUCCAUGGUACUUCACGAAAACUAUAAUAAACCCACGAGAAGCAACGACAUCGGUCUGAUAAGGUUGGACAGGGACGUGAAGAUGGAUGAUCACAUCCACCCGAUUUGCCUGCCAGUAACGCCGGCCUUACGAUCGUUGGAAUUGAAACGCUACCUAGUAACAGGUUGGGGAACUACCGAAAACCAAAUAGGAUCAGACGUUUUGCUCAGCGCUGUUCUGCCGAGUGUGAGUAAUGAGGACUGCAACAAACGAUGGCAAAAGUUCAACGCACGCGUAUACGAUACGGAUAUGUGCGCGGGCGGUGAGAACUUUGUGGACUCUUGCGAAGGUGAUUCUGGUGGACCGCUAGGUUUCCCUGCCACAUAUAACGGAGUUCGAUUCGUGCAGUUCGGGGUGGUUGCACGAGGUGGCUCUUUCUGUGGUGCUGAAAAUAGGCCUGGAAUAUACACCCGAGUAGCACCCUAUAUGGAUUGGAUAAUGGCAAACAUCGAACCAUAGAUUCCGAAACUAAUUUUCCAAUGAAAUAAAACUUAACC